ACAAUGCAUUGCUGACUAAAAUGGUGGCUAUUUGAAGUAUUAUUACACAACAAUUUGGUACCUUAAGCCAGAAGCUGGUAAUACACAUCAAAAUGAGCAGUGGUACAAGACCUGGGCAGACAUAUAAAUAUACUAUAUCAACAAAGAAGAGUAAACAUGUUAUAUCAGCAGAGGAAGAGGAGCUUUAUGAAUUAUGCAAUCUUGCCGGUGUGAAUAUAAAUCCAAAGAUUUAUAGAAUAAUUGCCGAUUUGGUCCGAAUGAAUGUUGCACCUAUUGCAAUAUUACAGAUAUUUAGAGCUAUGAGUCUUCAUUCUAAAUAUGCAAAUACCAGUCAUAUCAGCAGUUCACAACUUUCCUAUGUACAUCCUGGCAUGGAACCCAGCUCUAUCAGUAGUAACACUAGCAGUAAAAUUCACAGUAGUAGAACAAGAAUGCUACCUCAUUCAUAGACAACAAAUACCAUAAAAACAUUGCACGAGAAGUUUAGGGAAAUCAUGGCAGCAUUUUAAAUGGAUGAUGAAUCUGCCUGUCUUGAGCUGACCAGAAUAUUAUUGAGGAGGCUUUCCUGGAAAAGACACGAACAAACAGCCUGGUGAACAUUGUAAAAAAAUGUUUUAAAACAUUGAGAUAUGCAGUAAUUGAGACUGAGAAAGACUGUACUGUAUUUCCUCCACUGGAAAUUGAGUUACUAUUGAAUUUAAAACAAACAAGAGUGAAGACUUGUUUAAUUCUCAACUUUUGUCGCUAAUAUCAUAUUAAAUCAUUCAGUCCACUAAUAGACCUAAAUUGUAAUUUAGUAAAUUUUUACACCAAUUGAACGAGACUAUCAACAUCACAAUGUAAUUCAGUUGCAGGAUACAGUAAUCAUCCAAAAAAUCAAAUCAAGGCGAUAGGAAAAUAUGACAUUUUUGAAGUUUUAUUUUUUUAAAUAUAUAUAUAUAUAAUGGUUGACAAAUAGAAAACUGGUGAAAUAAAAUUCUACUUUGAUUCAAU